AAACUUUUUUACUUAAUUAUUUUCAAAAAUUUAAUGUUAGUAAAGAUUUUGCUAUAUAAAAGAUUAAAUUCUAUUUGAAAUGAAAGAAUUUGAUUUAAAAUGUUCCACCUGUUAAUAAUUUAAUCAUGGAGUGUUGGAGUGCCCUAUCAUCAACCCAAAAAAAGAUAUGAAUGAUCGUAAUACUACUUACAUUAUUCAAAACAAAGGCAAGGACUGCAUUUAAUUAAGAAAGAAUCAUGAUAGGAGAAAAAAAAAGAAAUAUAACUCUUUUAAGUAUGAAUCAGAAGUUAGAUAUAAACUUAGAGAAAUUAGGUUGGACAUUACUGGAAUAUUAAGUCAAGAAAUACAAAAAAAAGAAAAUUCUGAUAAAUAUUUAGACGAACAUGAUAUCUUUGAGAAUUUUAACGAUUUUGAGUUUUUUGUAAAAUGCCCAAUUAUAAAAAUGAUAAAAAGUGAGUAUAAUGAAAUGAUUUACGAGUUGGUAGUUGAUGAAGAUGAUGAAGAAAUAGAUGAAGACAUACCUUUCUUAGAAUGCAUUCAAGAAUAUUUAAGACAAGAAUAAAAAAGUGUCUAAGAAUAGGACUCUGAUUUUUAGAAUUAAGCUAGUACUUUUAAGGUUCUUCAUUAAUAAAACACUAACGAGCCUUCAAUUGCACCGGAAUAGAAUAGUGUAGAUAUAAAUGAGACAAAUAAUCAAGAGUUUUAACCAAAAGAAACAUCAAUAAUCGAAAAUCUAAUCAUUUAACAAUAAAUUGUACCUCAAAAUACUGCUAAGUAAUCAUUUGCUAAAAAAUAAAAAACAGGAAAUGUUAUAAAAGGCUUACAUUCUAUUUAUUCUAUGGAUUUAGACAAUGAUGUCCUCAGAGAAUAAAAUAACUAGCAGAAUGAGUAAAAUCCAACAAUAUAAACAGAUGCUUACUUUUAAGGAUUAGAGAAAAAAAUGAAUAUGAGUUCUUUUGAGUAAGAUAUUUUAAAGCUUUUCAAGUAACAGAACUAGUCGAACGGGUCUAAAUUAAAAAUAGAAAGUAAGACUCAAUCUCAGUUCACUAGAAAGCGGUCAUAUGACCAAGAAUUCCCUGAAUAUCCGGAUAGUCCAUUAAGAAGGUAAAAUAAAUUAAAAGAAGGAAAGUCUAAUGCUACUAACACAGUCAUAGCAGCUUCAGAAAUAAAUAACAAUUAAAAUCAAGGUAUUUUAAUGAGAACAAAUAAAAGAAGAAUAACAAAAACUGUUACCAUAAAUUAAAUUGAAAACUAACUUUUAAAUUAAAUGUCAAGACAAAUCUCCACUGCAUCAAAUCAGCCUUCACAGUGCUCUUCAGAAUAAAACUCAGAAUUAAAAAAUUCAAUAAAAGUGCAUCACUAAAAAUAAAGUAGCACAAAUUAUAGUGAUAAAACUUAAAACUAGCAAAUUCUUAGUAAUAAUAAUAUUAAUUUGAAUAUGAAAGUAGCUCUUCCUUCAAUAUAAUAAGAAGGCAAAGAAAUAUAACCAAGUUCUUUUAAAUAUAUAAAACCACCUAGCUCAAAUAUGAUAGCAACUCAUUAAAAAUAGAGAUAAAGUGCUAUUGUGGGUUUAGAUCUCCUUAAUAAUAUUCAUUUUCUUUAAAGCAAUGGCAAAGAAAAGAAUAAGGUUCACUCAGAUGAGUAAGUAUGGUCUGUAUUACCAGAUUUUGAAACUUUUAAAACUUAUUAGCGCUACUUUCCUUUAAAUAAUAUUGAAGGAGUUAUAAUGAAAUAUAACCGUCUUUAAGAUAAAAAGUAUAAAAAAUAAAACUAAAGAGAAAAUUAACUUACUAGAGGAAAGACUAUGUCAUAUUUAAACAGGUGCUUUAACAAUAAAUAGUCUCCACAGUAAAAAAGGAGAGGUGCUGAUAAAUCUCUUAUAUCUAAUAUUAAUUAGUAAAUUAACUAAAUCAGUAUUUCAGCUUUGAAAGAAAAAAAGAAAAAAUAAAAAUUAGAAUAAGAUUCUCUUUCAUAAUGUAAUAAUAAAUCAAGAAAGUAAACUUAUAAUUCUAACUUUUAAUAUUCUUCAUCAAGAGUUGAUAAAGAAUCAGACUAUAGCAUAAUGUGAACAAAUAGAUAAUUAAGUAGUUUUUGAUUUAUUCGGUUCUUCAUGUUAUUAUGUGUGUUUACACAACAAUUCUUUUAAAAUCUCAAAUAAACCU